GUUCGGUUCGGUCCGGUCCGGACGGUGCGCCCGGAGCAGAACCCCGCGUCUCGUCGGGGAUGAAGAUCCGUUGUCCGGGUCGUUCUCAGCGGCAUGACGGACAAACGGAAAGCGGAGCGUAAUCGCUGCCUUGAAGGAGCAACAAUCGGCAACAGAUAAAUGGAGUUGCAGGACCGAAGCCGGUCCCCGUCCCGCAGGACGAGCCGAGUGGAGCAGGUGGUGGGACGAUGGCUCCGACGGUCCCGAGACUUGGGCAGCCGAGAUCGCGCAGCCGGGGACAGGACGGCUGCAGAGUCCAGCGGCUCUGAUCAGAGGAAUUACCCGUUCCGGUUCAACGUUCAGAUCCAAAGAGACCCGGACCUCAACUGUCACGGCCUCAUCCUUUCAUCCCAGACCCCCAUCCUGGUGCAGGAGAUCACCGCAGGUGGUCCUGCAGAUGGUCGGCUCGUCCCUGGAGACCAGCUCGUCAAGAUCAAUAACGUUGCUGUCGAUGACCUGACCCCGGAGCAGGCUGCUGAAAUCAUCAGGGAGUGUCACGAUACGCUGAUGAUGACCGUGGUCAGAAUCAUCCAGGGCCCCAAGUCAUCGUUCAUCACUCCUGAGAAGAGGGCCAAGCUCAGGUCCAACCCCGUCAAAGUUCACUUUGCUGAGGAGGUGGAGGUCAACGGACACUCUCAGGGGAACUCGCUGCUCUUCCUGCCGAACGUCUUGAAGGUGUAUCUGGAGAACGGGCAGACCAAGGCCUUUAAGUUUGAACCCAGCACCACAGUCAAGGACAUCGUGAUGACGCUGAAGGAGAAACUUUCUCUGAGUCGGAUCGAGCACUUCUCCCUUGUUCUUGAGCAGCAGCACAGCAGCAGCAAGCUCCUGCUGCUGCACAGGGACGAGAGGAUACAGCAGGUGGUCCAGAGGAAAGAAGUUCAUGACUACAGGUGUCUGUUCCGAGUUUGUUUUCUGCCCAAAGACCUCCGGACGCUGCUGGAGGACGACCCCUGCACCUUCGAGUACCUCUAUUUGCAGGGGGUGAACGAUGUGCUGCAGGAACGCUACGCCGUAGAGAUGAGGUGCAACACGGCCCUGAGGCUCGCUGCGCUGCACAUCCAGGAGAGGCUGGUGAGCUGCGGACUGUCCCCCAAAGCCAACCUGAAGACCGUCACGAAGACGUGGGGCAUUGAGAACUUUGUUUCUUCCACGUUACUGAGGAACAUGAGGGACAAAGACCUGAAGAAGGCCAUCAGCUACCACAUGAAGAAAAGCCAGUCGCUGCACGACCCCAAACAGAAGGGCCUGUCGGUGGAUCAGGCUCGGAUCAACUACCUGGAGGAGCUGAGCGAUCUCAAGUGCUUCGGAGGGAAGUCCUUUUCUGCCACCAUGAUGCUCCAGGACCGGGAGUCUACGGUGGCCCUGUUGGUCGGAGCGCGUUACGGAGUGAGUCAGGUGGUCAACCACAAGCUGAGCAUCUUGACCACGCUGACGGAGUUCAGCAGCAUCACACGCAUCGAGCUGCUGCCUGAAUCCGACAAAGUCAGCCUCGUCAAAAUCUACCUGCAGGACAUCAAGCCCAUCACGUUACUGCUGGAGGCGACUGCAGCCAAGGACAUGUCCUGCCUCGUAGCCGGGUACUGCCGAGUGUUUGUGGACCCAGAGCUGAACGUCUUCCUCUGGACGGAGGACAAGAAGCACCGAGUCUCUGCAGAAGAAGGUUACGUGUCCCGAUGUGCGAGCGACUCGGACGACUCCUCGGAGUUGGACAUGGAGCCGCUGGUCAACCUGACGUCUCGCGGCAACAAGCCUCGCCUCAGAUCCUCGUCGGACUCCGAGGGCCGGAAAAGAAAAAGCAGAGACCGGGUGAGACCCAAAGAGAGGGGAGAUAUCCUUCUGGAGGUGAAGAAGCUCCGAGAGGCUGAGGCUGACGGAGGAAAGGAAACGCGUGAAGACACGUUGGAGAGAGACGGAGCAGAAGCACCGAUCCAGCUCGCGGACGACAACUCCGGGAAACAAGUCGGACAAAAACUGAAAGUUGGAGACGGGGAGGACGAGGGAGCAGCGGAGGAGCGGCUGUCGGAAGCAUCAGACUCGUGUCACACCGACUCUCGCAUUCUCACCAGUCCCUCCAGUGACUCCCUGGACGCCCUGGAGGAAGAUGACCUGAUUACUUGCUCCUCUUCCUCCACCCAUCCCAACACGAUGGCAGAACCUCGCGGCUGUGUCCGCUCUCCCUUUCAGCUUCACCUCCACCAUGACGGCCAAGCUCAGCCUCAUCUCCUCGCACCUCCGCCAGCUCACUCUCACCCUCUCAUCCACCUCACAGCGGUCAGCAGCCGAGGAGGAGGAAGCUGCAGAAGGUCAGGAGCUCGUUCCACCUCCUGUCAGAGCCCUGAUGUCCAAAACCACUCAGGUGAGCCCUGCUCAGUGGACGGCUCUUUGUGUUUUGCGGAGCUCUCCCGCCUUGCCGACCUCCUGCCAAGCCCCCCUGAAGCUAGUGAGGAAGAUGAAGAGGAUGAGCUAAGAAGAAGAGAAAACAUUCAAAAAGAAAUUUCUUUAAUGGAAGGAAGUGAAAGCAGAGAGGGUGGUGACUAUGUGUUUAACUUUAACCAAAACGACGCUCGCUGCUACUACAACCUCUGCUCCAACAUCACCCCCGACAGCGCCCGCAGCCCUCCACAGCCCCAGCCACAGGAUGAAGGAGAAGCCCGGGAGGAGGAGGAGAAGGUGGUAGGAGGUGGGGCUGAAGAGCUGGAUCCUAUCCCCAUUCUCCAGCCGCCCCCCGGCUUCGGAGACAGCAGCUCUGACGAGGAGUUCUUCGACGCCAGAGAUGGCUUCACUUCACCUGAAGAUCCGGCCUCAGGUGUCGUACAAAGAGACGUUUUCUCAGAGAUGAAGCUGAACUCCCUCAGCUCUCUGAGCCCGAGCGACGUCAGAACGGUUCUGAUGGAUCCGAACGAAGACGGAGGCGCAGAGGAGAACAAAACACAAGAGAAAAGAGGAGGCAAGGAAACGGUUUUCCACUUCAGGAAACGAUCACGGAAGCGGCGUUCUUUCAUGGAAACUGAUUUUACCUCCAGAGUUUCUUAUCCAGAACCUGACCCAGAAUCAAAGCACAGCCUUCCUGAAAACAGUCCGUCAGAAUCCAGUCGUGUCCAGGUGCUCAUUUCAGAUCCAGAAACCUCGGAGCAAACCCAGAACCCCAGUCCUAUGGUGUCCUCACUCACUCACAUUGAAGGAGAACCAGCUCAGCUAGAGUCCAAACCCAUCCUGUCAAAAUUCAGCCCACACAGACCAAGAUCUGGUUCUACUUCUGACCAGAACCAAGGCCUGAAGUCCCUCUCCAGGAGCAGGAAACAGGAAAUGGAAAUGGAACCUGAUGCGAUGGAGUCCAAAUCUGUUACAGAUGUGGCGAUGGCAGCUUCUCCUGCCAUCACUGUCAUUCGCUGUCGGGUUGAUCCGGACGGGAAGGAGAGCACAGACCGGAUAGGUGACGGGAAGGAGGAAGGGGAGGGACAUGAGGAGGUGGGUGAAGACAAGGAGCAGCAAACGGGUGGCUUUACGAAUCACAUGUUUCUCCCUGACAUCAUUGAGGAGGGAGGUAAGGAGAAAGAAAAGGAGGAGGAGAGGACAGGAGGAGACUCAUCCAGCCUGAAGAGACCCCUGGUCAGUGAUGAAAGACCAGAGGAGACCAACACAUCGCCAGAAUGUGUAACUGAAUCAACUCAAGAAGGAGGUAAAGACCCUUUGGAUUCCCACCGGAUUGACCCACAGAUAAACACGAACAUGGAUAAAUAUUUCCCUUUACUCUGUUCUCCGCCACCGCCUCCCCCGUCUCCCGUUCUGCCCCCAAAACUCCCUGCACACAAGUUCAAAAGUGGCCGUUUAGUAAAGACAGAAAGAAACUCAAACGUGGAAACCUCGAACCAAAUGAAUGUUUUAAACCCUAAACAAGAAAGUCCGCUCCUUGGUCUAGAUACUAGUGAGCAAGCCAGUGAAACAAAGCUGUUAACAUGCGUCUUACCAAAUGUUGAUGACGAGGAAGUCAUUGUUGUUCCUAAAUUUAUCAUCACUGCUAGUGACGAAGUUACAGAAAGCUCCAAUUCAGACAAUGUUUUUGAGGAUGACGAUGCUGAAACUAGUUGUUUCCUAAAUGAUCACUCAGAUGAUGAGAAAGAGAACAAGAAUGUAACCACAAAGUGUAGCACUGGUGAUGGUUCAACCAAAGCGGACAAAUACGAGUCCAACAUCAGCAUUCAACCACUUGUAAACUGUGAGGUUCAAGCAAAAAGUCAUUCUGUUGAUGCUGAUUACACUCUAGCUAUAAACUCUAUCACAGCAAAGCUUGGAGCUGCGAUGGGCGUCUUAUCCCCAAGCUUUAACUCGGGGGUUAGGCUUCAGGAAGCCUCAAAUCAAAAACCCAACUUGUUGAGUCCGGAAGCCAACAAGAGGUUACCAGGAAACAAUAUGAUCCACAAUCGGUCCAAAGAACUACAGCCGUCGGCUCAUUUUCUCUUCCAGGCCUGUUCACCAACCAUCAUGGGCCGUUUAUCUGCUUCGACACUGAGGGGGAAGAUUCAAAACUUACCCCUUUAUUUAUCGCGCUCCCAUGAAAGUCUAAACCAAACUGAGUUUGGGGGUACAGUCCAAAGUCCUGCGGAGGAUGCGGAUGUUACCAAAGCAUCAAAUGUUCACGAUGUCCCUCAGACAGUUGACAUUCAGAUGGGUGAAGCCACUGAAUCAGCUGAUUCAGACGAUUCAGAUGCCACAGUGACUGAAUCUGAGAUGGACAUUGAGGUCUUUAGUGAAACAACUUCAGCAAAGAUUUUUUCUUCAGGGUCAGAGGUUAAAGAUGAAAUCCAUCAGCAACCUGUACAAACUGAGCCUAAACCCAACUCCGGUCCUACCUCCAGGUGUAACGACAGCACACCAGGGCCCAUAACAGAGCCUCCUGCCUCCAUUAUAACCCUACUCCAAAAUGACACCAAGGGCUUAAAGUUAGACGCUCCUGGACCAUCACUAAAUGCUCCAGAACUAAACAUACAAGUCAACAGUCUACAGGAAGACAUUCCCGGUUAUAAACUCCAUGAUCAGUCAGUCUUGACUCAGAUGGUGGUGACUACACAGAAUUUGAAUGGACCAAAACUUGCUUUUCAUGGACAGUCUCAAAGAACCAGUACUGAAAGGCCUUUGAUGGGUCUUUGUAGACCUUCCGGUCAAAAUUACGACCCAUCAAGAACCCCUUCAGCAGGCUGCAGAGUGUUUACCAUUUGUGGGGAUUCCUCUCACGCAAAGGCUCCGGUAGACUUGAGGUCCACUCUUCCCCUGAAGUCUGAGUUUAGUUGUGGUUCUACACUCACAUCUGGAUGUGAAUCGGUUACAGAGAGUAUCCAGGUGCCUCUGGAUGCUUGUGGCUGUCCAACAGUUUACUCAAACUGCUUCAGCGGGGAGGACAACUUUGACGAGGAGCUCACAGUAUUCGAGUUUUCCUGCCGCUCCCAGAACAGUGGUCUAACCCAGACCUCAGGAGCAGGUCUUCAUCUUAUAACAUCACCACCCAUUCCUUCCUUUAGCUCCCCCCUUCCUCCUCCAUGUUCACGCCCCAUUUUUUUCUCCUCCUCCACCUCUGAGCUCAGCCCUCUCCUCUCCCCUCAGUCGAACAUGUCGUACAUGUCUCAAAAGCACAAGGACACAAUCAGUUGUUUAGGUCAACAGUGUUACCCAGAACCUCCAGUGGGGUUCAAAGUUCUUUGCAGGGAUGUGGAUAAGCUGCUUUGCAUUUUAGAAGGUGGUGGCGUUGACCGAUCUGUGAUAAGACAUGGAGGUCGCCACCCAAGGAACACCUGCCCUGCGCACUUUACAGAAAAUAAAAGACUUCUCCAGUUAGAAGCCCGUCGGCUGAUGACAGGCUGCCAGCAGGUGGUGGGGAUCGGACAAAGCCCACAGGAAAUGCUACACUCUUUGGCCAACAGUUUCCGGACCCUAGUGGAGCUGGCCAGCAUCUGCCUCUGGUUCUCCGGUUGCGACCGAUGCGACCAAAGGAAUGCAGAGGCGGUGGCAGGCCUGGUGGACGUAGCUCGCUCAUUCAGGGACUUCUGUCUUGCAGCGGAGAGAGCCAGUAGCAACCGUAGCUGCCAGGACCUGAGCACCAAGCUGCUGGCCAAGCAGUGCACAGCACUCACAGCGUCCGUCUUCUGCCUCACCCAGCUGUUCCGCACUCUCACUUCACUGUGAGUGGAGCAGAACCUCUGAAAACCCCUCUUGCAUGGGGUCACCACUGUGCCCAGUGUUGCUGAAGGUAUGGGCAUUACGAGCUCGGGCAGUCACAGAACUCAACGUUAUGCAUGUGGCAACUGACUUUAUGCUGCACACGUCUACAAAUCAGGCCAUCAGGCCGAAAGCAUCUGUAGAAUUUAUGAACUGAUGUACUUGAAUGUAUCCUUUAUCUAUCGAGCUUGUUAAUUUCAUCAGUUGUUUAUUGAAUGUGUUGCUACAGUGUGUUUGGGGAAGCGAAUGUCAGGGAAGGAAGAAAUGUUUACAGAAAUCUUCAUGCAAACAAGAAGCAGUCAUAUCCAAGUAUUCACAUACAGAGAGACGGAAUAAAUCUGUUUGAUCCGUCUGUUCAGGCCUUCGGUUAAAAGAAUCUCCGAUUAGUUGGAACAGUAGACCUUAUUUGAUAAGCAACUACUUCAGCUAUAAAAACAAAACUGUAAAAAUACUGUUUUUUUUUUAAUGUAUUUAUUUAAUGACACGUGGACACAACAAUUUUAU